AUGCUUGAGGUACUUUUUGCGCUGCUGCUGUUUCUGCUGCUGUGCUACCUCGGCAUCCUCUUUGGCCGCCUGGUGUUCGUGUACACAAUUGAGAGACGCACCACACAGUUUUUUUUUGUUGUUAUUUUUGCGCUUUCGACGUUAAUUUUGAGCCUCGCCCUGUUGGAUGUCUCAGCGCUUGGCGGCCUUAUCUUUUCCGUGCGCUUCAGCACCCGCGCACUCCACCUCGCUCUUGCGGCCGAUCUUGCCGCCAUCGCGGUGCUUUGUCCCUUGUGUAUUACCCGGCUGCUGCUGCACAACCUGCACUUCCGUUGCAGCUACGUGCUGCUAAUCGGAUGCGGCCUCCUCCUGCUUAUUUUCAGGGCCUGGACACUCUCACUUGCGUGGCUUCAGCGCCUCUCCGGUUCUUGUUUCUCGUGGGCGGCGGCGGAGGCGUUGUGGGAUGCAACCGCCGCGGUGGUUGCGGUGAUCGGCAUCCUUGCGGUGGCCGCCCUCUCCGGUUACGCCGCCGUGACGACGCCCGUCGCGUUUCUGCGGCCGUUUGUGGUGAAAGACAGCGGGGAGCGGGCGCGAGUGGCGCUGGGUGUGCUGGGGAAGCGGCAGCGACACCUGCUCUCCCUGUGGGUGGCGAAGGAGUGCCAGAUUGUGGAGAUGUAUCAUGGGGCGCCGUCAUCGUUCCGCGGCGCGGAUGCGCCGACGCGGGUGUGGAGUUGGAUGGCGAAGUCGCUUCGGUCCACCGUCCGCGGCGGAGCGCUGCGCGAGAACAGCGACGGCAUCGCCAGGCUCAAGGCAGAGAAAGACGGCAUACAGGCAGUCAGCAUGGCUGUUUUUCUGCAGAUGAGUGAAAUGGGCUCGCUGGUGCGCUCCGCGGAGAGUGGGGCGACGUGGCGUGGGUUGGUGGACGCGCUGCUGGGCGUCCUGCUGCUCCUGCAUGCCUUUCUGAAGCUUUUCUUCACCUCCAUCAACCUGCUGCGGUGGUUCGUCUUUUCUGACGCACCAGCGCCCCCGGUGCCGGAGGACGCGGCAACCCGCGUGGUGCGGUUUCUGGAGACGUAUGGCCUUGCCGCCUCUCAGGGCGGGGAGGGUGAGCAGAGCAUCGUGUGCGUGUCAUUGUUUCUCAACGCGUGGAUGAUUGUGACUUCUAUCCGCGGUUUGCUUCUGGCCGUCUUCCGGCUGGUGACGACGUACGCUACGUUUCUGAGCGUGGACACGACCGUGCUGGGGCUAACAGUGGGGAUGGGCGCCUACUUUGUGGGGCAGCUACUGCUGCUGCGCCCGUCUCCGCUGCUCGAGAGCGCGAGCGCGCUGGGCACCGUGCUUGCGGAGCAGCUGCCGAGGAGCAACAUGUAUCGCCACCUCAACGACAUUGUAUUCGUCACGACAAGUAUCUUAACACUGCUGGCGCAGCAAUACAUGGUGCCCCCGCAAACAGCUACACUGCACUCUUUAGCAGAUUAG